AUGAGCGACACCACACGCCUCAGAAGUACCGUGUACGUUGGUGGUCUGGACCAGGCUGCCACUGCCCAAACGCUAGCCGAAGCAUUCGUACCAUUUGGUGAGAUCGUCGACAUCUCCCUUCCCAAACCGGAUGCUCCCAAUUCCGGCGAUACCCACCGCGGGUUCGGAUAUGUGGAAUUCAACCUCCCGCAAGACGCCAAAGAAGCUAUCGAUAAUAUGGAUGGUAGUGAGAUUUAUGGUCGCACUAUCAAGGUCGCCCCUGCGAAGCCUCAAAAGGAUGCCAACGAAGGCUUGGGUAGCAAGACAGCAAUUUGGGAACAGGAGGGCUACCUAGCCCAAUACGCUGUCGCUGAAGAAGAUCGCCGAGCUGCUGAUGAAGCUCGGGAGGCGAGCAAUCGUCCACAGGACCCAAUGCAGGGAUUGGAGCAGCUCGAUGUCGCAGGGCCUAAGCCCGAGUGA